UCGGCUCCUAAGUUCAGUGUGAGACUAUGCUCUUGUACCCAAUCCUAAUUUGGCAGCGUAAAUAUAUGCUGCUCGCAAGGGUAUUUCCGCAAACCAACUCCGCAGUACGAAUCCAUGCCCCUUCUCCACGGCUUCCCCCUUUGUACCUUUCAUCCCCCUCCCCCCCUCCUUCUGGCUUCUACCGACCCCUUCGGCUUCGCUCGUCGGCAGCCCAGAAACCCCCGCAAGAAUCGAAGUAGAUCGAAGAAUUUCUCGCUUGAUUGCGUCGCCAAUUUGGUUCUCCUGGGGUUUUGAUCCAUCGAUCUCACUCUGUUGCGCCUUCGCGAUCCCUCUUGCGCUGCUUGGAGUUCGAUCUUCGAUCUUCUCUCUUUUGGGUGUUCGUGCCGCAUCGGUCUAACUUGAUCGGUUCUUAGAUACCAGAUGAUUGCCACUAAUGGCUCCAAGUGUGGUAAUGUUCUGAUAUAAGAUGCCUUGGAUGAGCUGGGUUAGUUGUCAUUAUGCAAUUAUUGUUUAUUGCUUGAUUGGUUGAUUCUGAGGAAAAAAAAAAGGAUAGCUAUAGUUGUUUCAUGGCUGGCCACUCAUUAGCCCAUCAGGAUCAUAAUCUAGUUGUUCCAGACCAUUCUCUUGUCAUUGGCCAGGAGUUCCCGGAUGUGGAAGCCUGCAGAAGAACACUUAAAGAUAUUGCUAUUGCUUUACAUUUUGAUCUUCGGAUAGUGAAAUCUGAUAGGAGCCGAUUCAUAGCCAAGUGCUCCAAGGAAGGAUGCCCUUGGCGAGUUCAUGUGGCAAAGUGUCCUGGUGUCGCUACUUUCUCAAUCAGGACCUUGCAUGGGGAGCAUACGUGUGAAGGAGUUCGCGGUCUUCAUCACCAGCAAGCCACCGUGGGUUGGGUUGCCAGAUCCGUGGAGGCCCGACUAAGAGAUAAUCCACAAUACAAACCAAAGGAGAUAUUGCAAGAUAUCCGUGAACAGCAUGGGGUUGCUGUGUCUUACAUGCAAGCUUGGCGUGGGAAAGAGCGAAGCAUGGCUGCAGUUCAUGGCACUCUUGAGGAUGGAUAUCGCUUUCUUCCAGCAUACUGUGAACAAAUAAAGAGAACAAAUCCUGGGAGCAUUGCAUUAGUUUAUGCAACCGGUCCAGAAAACAGUUUCCAUCGUCUGUUUACCUCCUACCGUGCAUCAAUCUAUGGUUUUCUGCAUGCUUGCCGACCACUAUUGGAACUUGAUAGGGUUCAUCUUAAAGGAAAAUACCUUGGAAGUUUGCUUUGUGCCUCAGCUGUUGAUGCUGAUGACACACUAUAUCCAUUGGCAUUUGCUAUUGUGGAUGCAGAGAGCGACGAAAAUUGGAUGUGGUUUCUAUCAGAAUUGCGGAAGCUCCUUGGAGUUAAUACAGACAAGAUGCCUGUAUUAACAAUAUUGUCCGAGAGACAGAAAGGCAUUGUGGAAGCAGUUGAAACCCAUUUCCCCACUGCUUUUCAUGGAUUCUGCCUGCGUUAUGUAAGUGAGAGCUUCCGUGAUGAGUUCAAAAAUUCAAAAUUAGUCAACCUCUUUUGGAAUGCUGUUUAUGCUCUCACUGCAGCUGAAUUUGAGGCAAAGGUAGCUGAGAUGAUGGAAGUUCAAGAUGUUAUGCCUUGGUUCCAUCUCUUUCCACCUAAUCUCUGGGCUGUUGCAUACUUUGAAGGGGUACGUUAUGGUCACUUCACUCUCGGAAUUACAGAGAUAUUGUAUAAUUGGGCCCUUGAUGGCCAUGAGCUUCCCAUCGUGCAAAUGAUGGAACACAUACGCUAUCAAUUAACUGCUUGGUUUAAUGAUCGUCGCAAUAUGGGAAUGUCAUGUUCCUCUGUUCUUGUUCCCUCUGCUGAGAAGCUUAUUUCAGAAGCUAUUGCUGAUUCACGUUGUUAUCAAGUCCUGCGUGCAAAUAAAGUGGAGUUUGAGAUUGUAUCAUCUGAAAGAACAAAUAUUGUUGAUAUACAGAGCCGGUGUUGCUCAUGUCGUCGGUGGCAAAUCUAUGGUAUCCCAUGCGCGCAUGCGGCUGCUGCACUUCUAUCUUGUGGUGAAGAUGUCCGGCUCUAUGCUCAAGAGUGUUUCAGCAUUAGGAAAUACAGAGAGGCCUAUUCACAAAUGAUAUAUCCCAUUCCAGAUAGAAAUCUUUGGAAGGAAUCAGGUGAGGGAACAGAAGGUGGAUGUAACAAAGCAGAUAUUAUUAUACGCCCUCCUAAGAUUCGUCGGCCACCCGGCCGGCCCAAAAAGAAGGUUCUUCGGAUAGAAAGUUUAAAACGCCCAAAGCGAGUUGUUCAGUGCGGCCGAUGUCAUCUUCUGGGGCAUUCUCAAAAGAAAUGCACAUUGCAAAUCUGACACUUUUGGACAUUUUCUUCUUCAAUCAAAAUCUUUGUUAUAUUCUUAUAUAUGCGAGGAAGUAGAAUUAGUGUUGUAUCAUGCAAUAGAAGUUUGUUCUAAUUUUUCUUAUCAUUGCCAUAUGCUCUUUAUUUGAUUAAAGCUGAGGAUGCUGCUCCUUUAUGAUAGCCUGUUAUUGAUUUGCUUUAUAAAUAUUCACUGAAAUCUCAAAUCCA